AUGAAUAAGGAGAACACCAAGGUGCGCGGUAAUCAGCGGAAAUUGACUUUUCAACGCCGUAAGAAGCCAACAAACCCUUUGCUAAUUGAUCCUGAUGCAACGCCUACUCGUACAAGUACCUUUUUCGGCACGGUUGGGUCACCCAUUAAAAUGGGUAAUGUUGAAAUGGGUCGUCGUGGACCCAAAUUACCACCACGUCAGGAUGGACCCGUGGACUCGGAAGCAGCAACUUUAAACAUCAAUCAAAAAGCAGCUUUUCGUGAAGAGCUACGUCGACAACAGAAGGUGAAAGAACGAGUUGAACAGGCCAAGGAAGUGGUCGAGCAACCUCAACAAAAGGUCGAUAAGACGUCUGUGGUGACUGUACGGAAUGAUCAUGGUCGAAAGAUUCGUGAGCGACGUAAUUCGACUGAGUUCUUAGGGCAACCUAUGGAACCCGUACAGCAACUAAAAUUGGACGGUGCUAAAAAGGCUAAAAUUCCCCAUUUUUUAUCCGCAUGGUUCAAUGCUGGUCACGAUACAAAAGCAACUAUUGAUACGGAUAAUAGUGAUUUGGAAUCAGUUAUCUCAGAGGUGGCCACCCCGGCUCUUGUUACACAUGAAACACCCAUGGACCAAACGAAACAAGCUCAUCCUACUGUAGCUCCUCCGACUCCUUCUCCUCCUCGUGUGACGAAUUACAGUCAAAAUAUUAAUUUUCACGAGAUUACACUUGGUCGAAUGAUUGGAGAAGGUGCAUUUGGUAAAGUACAUGAAGGGAAAUGGCGUGGCAAGAGUGUCGCUAUUAAAUUACUCAUUUGUCAAGAACUUCGUAGUGAUAUUUUGAAUGAAUUUCAAUCGGAAGUGGAAAUUAUGAGCGUCCUACGACAUCCAAAUAUCUGUCGUCUACUUGGAGCGUGUAUGGAUCCACCACAUCGAGCACUAGUGGUGGAAUUACUACAACGUGGUUCUCUCUGGGGUGUUUUACGAAUGAAUCGGAAAUCCAUUGAUCAAGAAAUGAGAUCACGAUUCAUUUAUGAUACAGCCAAGGGAAUGUCCUAUUUGCAUCAUUUUGAACGUCCAAUUCUUCAUCGUGAUUUGAAAAGUCCGAAUUUACUGGUUGAUAAGAAUUUUAACAUUAAAUUGUCUGACUUUGGACUUGCACGUGUGAAAGCACAUGUGCAAACAAUGACGGGUAAUUGUGGUACAGUACAAUGGAUGGCGCCAGAAGUACUUGGGAAUCAAAAGUAUACGGAAAAAGCAGAUGUCUUUUCAUUUGGGAUUGUCAUUUGGGAAAUUGUAACGGGUGAAUGUCCAUACGAUGGAAUGAGUCAGAUUCAAGCUGCAUUGGGGGUAUUAAAUCGUAAUUUACGACCAAAUAUUCCACGUGAUUGUCCACCGUUUUUUUCACGCUUGAUGAAAGCUUGUUGGAAUCGUCAACCGGAAUUGCGACCUAGUUUUCCACACAUUGUCAAUGCUUUUCGUACAUACCAAAGCUCGAUCUCGGAAUCUCGUGCAACUAGCAGUGCUGCGGCGUCGGCUAAGGCUGCUAUGGCUGCAUCGGUUGCUGCUUCAUAA